CUAACUCAGCCCUGUCGGGAUUGCGAAUUCGGAGUUCUAGAACUUAGACUAUGGCCGCCCCAAUUUAUUUUCGUUCGAUCGAAUCUUCGCUGCUAUUUAAACCCCCAAAUGGCUUCACGCAAAGUAAACGACGUCCCUUUUCCUUCAUUUUCACUUGUAAUAAACCAGUAUUCGAUGAGCAACAUGAGAUUGCCGAGCUACAGGGCGUCUUAUUUGCUUCGUUUCCACCCUUACCCGAGAGUCAAACUCAGCCAACGUGAGAUUAUGCACGCUGUUAAUGAUCGUCCCAGCAGCCUGUACGAUAUUGUUGAAAAUGAUGACAGUGCUGGACCGGUGAUCCUCAACUUUCCCGACCUCCCUGAAGAGCAGCAUCCCAAUGCUGAGAACCCGCAGGAAGCUAUUGAAGUUGCCGAGACUGACGCCCAACCUCACGUCAAGCCUCUAAGCUUCGCAACUCUAAUCAUCGACCUUGCAAUACUAGUUGCGAGGAAGCUGUCUUGGAAAACCAAGUAGCUUGUCAUAGCUGCACAAUCUACUAAUCUCGCAGCUUGCGCUGUUGGCUCUCGUUCAACCUGUGUCUUGCUUUCGCCAUCGUUGUACCAUAUGGUCGGUCCUUAAACUACAGGAAUCUACU